UUGCCAUGAGCUCACAUGCAGUUUGAUACCAGCAGCACUCCUAGCUAUAACUAUGCUCCAAACCCAGACAAGCACUGGAUAAUGAGGUAUACGGGUCCCAUGAAGCCUAUACACAUGGAGUUCACUAACAUGUUACAGAGAAAGCGCCUUCAAACACUCAUGUCUGUGGAUGAUUCUAUGGAGAUGAUUUACAACACACUGGUUGAAACUGGCGAACUGGACAAUACAUAUAUAAUAUACACAGCAGACCAUGGUUAUCAUAUUGGUCAGUUUGGGCUAGUGAAGGGAAAAUCGAUGCCGUAUGAGUUUGAUAUCAGAGUUCCUUUCUACGUCCGAGGGCCAAAUGUGGAGGCUGGGUCCUUGAAUCCUCACAUUGUGUUGAAUAUUGAUCUUGCACCUACGAUUCUGGAUAUUGCUGGAUUGGAUAUUCCAUCUGAUAUGGAUGGUAAAUCUAUUCUAAAACUUCUUGAUUCUGAGAGACCAGUGAAUAGGUUCCAUUUAAAGAAAAAGAUGAAAGUGUGGAGAGACUCAUUCCUAGUGGAGAGAGGUAAACUGCUGCAUAAGAGGGAAAAUGAGAAGGUAGAUGCCCAAGAAGAAAACUUUCUACCCAAAUACCAGCGUGUGAAAGACCUUUGUCAGAGAGCUGAGUAUCAAACAGCUUGUGAACAGCUUGGCCAGGUAGGACAAGUGGCUGAAAGUAAGGACCUGUAGAUGGGCUGAACUUAA